AAGCAGAGGCAGGCAAUUUUGGCAGUUCGUGUUCAUUCCACACGGUUUGAUUUACACGGCGCGGUUGAUGAUGAUGAAUGUGACUGGUAAUUUCGUUCCUCUUUUUCUCCCGGCCCGCUGCCUAUAUAUAUGUAUAAUCAGAUGGGAUGGAUGGUUUACUACUACUGGUCUCCUCUAUUUCAUCCAUCUAGUACUUCUGACACCUAUUUUCAGCUGCCCUAAUGCUGCUGUUUGAUGAGUGCUUUCCCGGCCCGAUUUCUCAUCUUUUAUGCUGGGUGUUCUUCAAUUUGGAUCCUAGAAGGAGAAGAAACGGAAACGGAUGUUCAAUCGGUCUGCUUCCAGACGACAUCUUAGUCGAUAUCCUGAGUAGGCUUCCUGCACCAACCAUUUUACAAUGCCGCAAGGUGUGUAGGCAUUGGAGACGUUUGACUUCCUCCACGUAUUUCCUCGCGGUGCAAGCCAAAAGAGCCCCUUCUGUUGUUCUGGUGCAAGGCAUCAAACCGGGCCCCCAAAAACUGAAAUCUGAGUUUUAUGUCUUUGAUGCAAAUUCAAAAAAGUUGAGAAGCAUUCCUAUCAAGCCCAGCAUCCUUGAUGACUGGUGCAUUCCUCAUCUUCACGGCGCAUGUGGCCCGUUACUUCAUCUUAAGGGCGUUGAGGAUACUGAAUGCGAUUUGAUUUUCGAAAGCUGUGGUGGGAUGUUCCUGACCAUAGCGAUCGAUUGUUAUCGCGAUAUUGUCUUCAACCCCAUCACGGGAGAACUGCAGGGUGUGAAAAAGGACACCCAAACUUUUGUGUGUGGCUUAUACUUUCAUGAGUCCACGAAUGAGUACAACUUUCUGUGUGUGCGGCGUUCCCUUUCUGCGGACGAGUGUUUUGAGUAUUUUUCAUACAACCUAGUUUCUCACACUGUUAAGGAAAUUGCCCGUAGCCGUUUCUGCUGUUGGAGGACCUCAAAUCACUAUCCCGUAGCAUUUAAGCAGGCUCUCUAUAUGAUAGCAUUUCCUCCCAAGGAAGAGGAGGUAAAGUGUGGUGCUGACCAUUGCUGCAAGCAUGCAAUCUUGGUAUUCGAGAUGGACUCUGAAAGGAUGUACACUUUGCCUCACCCAGAAUUCGACGAGUGUCCCGAAAGACCGUACGAUAACAAGUUCAUGUGCUUGUUUGUUCAUGAUGGGCAUUUGGCUCUCUGCCAUGUACGCGACCUAGCACAUGGGUUAUUCGACAUAUGGAUCUUGGAGGAUUGCGAAAACUGGCGUUGGGUUCGAAAGUCGAGGUUUGGCCUUCAAAAGCCAAGGGUUAAUGGUGUUUUUGAUAGGGGAAUGAUGAUAGGGACGGGCUGUUUCAUGGUUUCUAGUGUUGGCAAGGACGAGUUGUUUAUAGAUUGGUUCUCGUGUUUCCUACUUGCUGUCAACCUCAAGCACCAAACUUUCGAAGAAAUUAAACUGCCGCGUAAACUGAAGCCGACCAUGUUUCGUUGUGGCGUUGCCUGCACCAGCAGUCUGCUCACUCCUCCACCUCAAGUAUUGUCAUAUUCUUGGUCACUGAUCGACCCCAAUUGUACUACAUAUGACCCAUCCCAAAUUAAACGAUGAAUAAGUUUUGUAAAUACAUCUGUCUUUUAUUCCUACGUGUACUAAGUAAGAAUCUGUCUCAUUUGAUUCCUUUUGCCCCUUCAUUACUAUUAUUAUU